AAUCUACCGGGAAGCAUUCAAUCGUUCAGGAACCGUUGUCCAGAUUGGACGCAUUUGAGUUUUUGUCAGUUCUAACAUUUUCCUCGAUGGAGCGUUGGAAUGGUCGAGUGGCCGUCGUGACCGGUGCCAGUUCCGGUAUUGGGGCAGCGAUCGCGAAGGAUCUCGCCAAAGCCGGAAUGAUUACCAUCGGCUUAGCACGGCGUGUUGAACGCGUCGAAGAGCUACGCAAGGAUCUGCCGGGUCCGGCGGCCAAAAGACUGCACGCCAUCAAGUGUGAUGUGUCGAACGAAGCGGACAUAGACACGGUUUUCAAGACUAUCGAGCAAAAGUUCGGUGGGUGUGAUGUGCUGAUCAACAAUGCAGGAAUCGUUCGAAGCACCAAUCUCCUGGACGUUGGAAAUACGGCAGACCUGAAGGCCGUGUUCGAUACCAACGUGACCGGGUUGGUACUGUGCAGUCAACGAGGGUACCAAUCAAUGGUCAAACGAUCGGUUGAUGGACACAUCGUCCACAUCAGUAGCGUCGCUGGCUUUAUCAUACCGAACUUUCCUAAGCUGAACGUUUAUCCCGCGUCCAAACACGCCGUCCGAGCCAUCACGGAAACGAUGCGCCAAGAGAUGAGAGAUGCUGGAAAGAAGAUCAAAGUUACGAGCAUCAGUCCGGGUGGAGUGAAAACAGAAAUUAUAGGGGGAGCCGAGCUGCCCCCAAAUAUGCCUCUGCUGGAAUCGGAAGAUAUUUCGCAAGCCGUCCUGUACACGCUGGGAACACCGCCUCACGUGCAAGUUCAUGAAAUUAUUAUCAAACCGAUCGGCGAGAUGCUGUAG